AGACAGACCCUACUCUACGGUCGUCUACACGUAGUUCUUUCCUUGAGAGACACCAUGGUUCGCAAACGAGCGAAGCAUAGCAGUUGCUUAGUGUUUGGAUGUACAAAUGAACACAAAAGUCUAUAUUUUGUUCCUUCCUCCGAGCCGCUGAAGAACCAGUGGGUUAAUUUUAUUGUCUCUGGAAAUGCGCCAGUCUGCGCCAAACAUUUCACUGACGACUGCUUCCUCAACUUGGGCCAAUACAGAGCUGGACUUGUUCAACGUCUGAGAAUCAAGUCUGGAUCAGUACCAACUCUCCAUGGCUCAGCUACAAACCUCGGACAAGCCAGCUCAUCAAGUGCUCACAUUCAGCAGCUUCUCUUAAGGGAUGUUGCCUGCCAGACAGACCACCUGGAAACACGUACUGUAGGCACACAGCUAUCCUUAAAGACUUCGCAGCCCCAUUUUAAAAGUGAUGAAGACUGCGAUGCCUUUGGAGACCGUAGCACUCAGCGCAACGCCACCUCAGAGAGUCUGGGUGUGGACGCCCCUGGCUCCUCCCACAUGUCCAGCCACAGCGAGGAACUGAAGAUUCUGUGUGUCUACGGUAAAGGGGAGGGCCCACUGGCGGUGGACGGCCAUAACACCCUCUCCACCGCGUCAGAAGUGGAGGCCCUGAACUCGCUGUCUGCGGACCACAGCGUGGCAAAGAGCCUGGAGUGCGGCGAGCGGCUGGUCUGCCGCGAGGAGCUGAGUGUGCAGGUUGGAAAUCAUCUUCUCAUUCACCAUCCAAAAGAGAGGCUUCCUCUGUUACAACUCUAAAACAAACCCAUUGAAAGCCCACACCUUUAUGAUUCAGUAAACCUUUUUACACUGCCAAAUAUGCUCGUCUUAUGCCCAACUUUUCCCCUGUGUGAUCCGCGCAUUUACACUGACGGAAUUAAUUUACAGGCUUUAUUUCGCACCCCGAAUAACCCUCUCUGACCCUACACAUAUUGGCGGUUUCAUUUUGAUGUAAAUGCGAUAAGACAGCUUUGCGGUUCUAGGGGCGAGGCUUGGGUAGAGGUGUUGCUGCAUUGUCUCUACAACAGAGACGAUUUAGCGAUAUCACAAUGCUGCUGACCAUCACGGGAGAAAAGGUGAUGCAGUCGCAUUUAAAGAAGACGAAAAAUGGUUGAUCUAAGAGAAAGUACCAGGCAAACUUUCCUUACAAUGCUUCGUCAGCAGAGUGGUUAGCAAAAUAAAGAAUACGUUGGGAUUUUUGCACUUGUGAAUAGUUAAUCGCGUUUUACUCUACACUCUGAUGUGAACUCAUUCUUGAAUGCGAGGUGCUUCAGUGUAUUGGAGUGCUUCAGUCUGAAAGGCCACCUGAAUAGACACAUGAGGACUCACUCUGGGGAGAAGCCCUACAGGUGUGACCAAUGCAAGAUGCGCUUCAGACAGAAAGGCCACCAAUUGCAAAUUUCUUUUUUUUGCAAUUCAUUGUAAAAAGUCCUCCAGUGUAUAGCCCCGCCUUCUGCUGUGAACCAAGAAAGCCAGCUCUGAGACGAAGGGGUAUUUU